AAGCAGAAGUGAGAGUUCAAGUUUCAGGGCUGCUCUUCUAGGAAACAGGUCUGCCAUCACCGCCAGCUGUGUUGGAAUCUUUCACUUUAAUGGAUUGGUUUCUGUGGAAAUCCUGAGUGCUAACACAUCCAACAAGACUGAUGCUACCUCUUGUCACUAUGGAGACAUUACUUCGUGCCAAGUGUUUUUGGCGCCUAGCAAUCCCUGGUUCUGUGAGAGAACUGCAUAAAGAUUAUAGAAUAGUACCUCCUCAGAAUUUUUCCAACUAUGAAUCCAUUAAACAGGAAUUCAAACUGGAGACUCCAGAGUAUUUCAACUUUGCUAAAGAUAUUCUGGACCAAUGGACCAAUAUGGAAAAGGCUGGAAAGAGACCUUCCAAUCCAGCCUUCUGGUGGAUAAAUGGAAAUGGAGAAGAAGUGAGAUGGAGUUUUGAAGAACUGGGAUCUUUGUCUAGAAAAUUUGCCAAUAUACUUACAGAAGCCUGUGCCCUGAAAAGAGGAGAUCGAGUAAUUGUGAUUCUGCCCAGGAUCCCAGAAUGGUGGCUUGCAAAUGUAGCCUGUCUGCGAACAGGGACAGUUUUAAUUCCAGGAACCACCCAGCUGACCCAGAGAGACAUUCUCUACAGACUACAAUCUUCAAAAGCAAAAUGCAUUAUUACUGACGAAGUUUUAGCCCCUGCAGUAGAUGCUGUUGCGUCUAAAUGUGAAAAUCUGCACUCCAAGCUAAUUGUGUCUCAGAAACCCAAAGAUGGAUGGGGGAACCUAAAGGAAAUGAUGAAACAGGCCAGUGACAACCACACCUGUGUGAAAACAAAACACGAUGACAUGAUGGCCAUUUACUUUACCAGUGGAACAAGUGGAACUCCGAAAAUGACCGGACACACCCAUAGCAGUUUUGGUUUAGGAUUAUCUGUAAAUGGAAGGUUCUGGCUGGAUUUGACACCUUCAGAUGUGAUAUGGAAUACCUCAGACACAGGCUGGGCAAAGUCUGCAUGGAGCAGUGUCUUUUCUCCAUGGAUCCAGGGAGCAUGUGUAUUUGCACAUUAUUUGCCACGUUUUGAGCCAACUUCCAUCUUUCAGACACUUUCCGAGUUUCCCAUCACCGUCUUCUGUUCAGCGCCGACUGCAUACCGAAUGCUUAUACAGAAUGAUAUGACCAGCUAUAAGUUCAAAAGCUUAAUGCACUGUGUGAGUGCUGGGGAACCAAUCAAUCCUGAAGUGACUGAACAAUGGAGAAACCGAACAGGUCUGGAUAUCUAUGAAGGAUAUGGACAGACAGAAACGGUGCUAAUCUGUGGAAAUUUUAAGGGAAUGAAAAUCAAGUCUGGCUCAAUGGGAAAGCCAUCUCCUGCUUUUGAUGUUAAGAUUUUAGACAUAAAUGGCAAUGUUCUACCUCCUGGAGAAGAAGGAGAUAUUGGCAUUCAAGUCCUACCUAAUCGACCACUUGGCCUUUUUGCUCAUUACAUAGAUAAUCCUACAAAAACAGCUUCAACCCUACGAGGCAAUUUCUAUAUCACUGGGGACCGGGGCUAUAUGGAUGAAGAUGGGUAUUUCUGGUUUGUCGCAAGAUCAGAUGAUAUCAUAUUAUCCUCUGGUUACAGAAUUGGACCAUUUGAGGUAGAAAGUGCCCUGAUUGAGCAUCCUGCAGUUGCAGAGGCAGCUGUUGUCAGCAGCCCAGAUCCCAUCAGGGGAGAGGUAGUAAAGGCUUUUAUUGUUCUGAGCCAUGAUUACAAGUCACAUGAUCAAGAACAACUAAAAAAGGAGAUUCAGGAACAUGUAAAAAAAAUUACAGCACCUUAUAAAUAUCCGAGAAAGGUAGAAUUUAUUCAAGAGUUGCCAAAGACUAUCAGUGGGAAGAUAAAAAGAAAUGAACUAAGGAAGAAAGAAUGGGAAAUGAUUUAAAUCCAUUCCAUUCUAUUAUUUAUCACAGUAUCUAUAAAACAAAGACUGUACAAACACAAGAUUAUGGAGAGGUGAUUAAAAAUAUAAUAGUAUACUUGUAAAUUGUUGAUUUAAAAUGACUUAUGGUUGGGGUGUCUGGCUGGCUUAGUCAGUAGAGCAUGCAACUCUUGAUCUCAGGGUUGUACGUUUGAGCCCCACAUUGGAUGCAGGGAUUCCUUAAAAAAAAAAAAAAAUCUUUAAAUAAGUAUCUUGUGGUUAUAACAUCAGAGGCUGAAUUUUGAAAUAAAAUAUUCGGUAAAUUCCUCUGCAUUAGUGUCAAUGUUCUCAUGACUUUGGUAAUAUAAAAAGAAUACCAUCAA